AUGUCCAAUACCUAUUAUAUCACUGCCACAGGUCCUUUUGUGGACCAUGUUCGUAUUCAAAAAUUGUGCUUUACGGUGAUAGCUUGGGUGGUUUAUGUACAUUUGCUUGACAUGAGUCAAUGGUCUAUGUCCCCUGAAGACAAACUGGCUGAUUAUCGCAUUGUUGAGAAGCAGGCAUCAUUGGAAUAUGAGUCCAAUCAUGCCUUUAACAAGUCUGUAUACUUUGGUCAUCUUUCAAAUGGCCAAAGUCAACAAAUAAUUAAGUUGAUGAUUGCCAACCCACUCGGGGAAUCUCUUGAUCUCUCAUUAAUGAAGCCCACCUUUUUGGUCAACAUCAACCACACCAGAUUAAAUGAGAACAUGGAUGACCAAGUGGUUCAACAACAACCUGAGGGUGGCUUCACCAGGAGGCAUUGGCAUUGA